UUGCAGAAGCAUUUGUUAGAAGCCUUAUCGUACGGUGCACCUCCACAUGGUGGCUUUGCCCUGGGUCUUGAUCGUUAUAUAGCACUGUUGGCCUCUAAUGGUGAUCCAUCCUUUCCUGUUCGAGAGGUCAUUGCUUUUCCAAAAUCAAAGGAAGGCAGAGAUUUGAUGAGCAAAGCCCCGGUGACACCGAAUGAGGAACAGUUGAAGCGAUAUGGAUUGCGAUUUGAAGAGGAAACUGAAGCUUUGGAAGCUUUUUCUACUUCAUAG